AUGGUUCAUCCUAAAAGUUGGUAUGGAUUCGAUGCGAAUGACCUGGUAGUGUCGAAUGUUGUGGAUGUGAUUGCUGUCGACAACACUCAAAAUAAUCAGCAAAUGCAAACGGUUCAAGACCAAAUGCAAACCAAUAAUCUUAAAAAUCAAAUCGCUGGGCUUGAAAUGACCAUCGCGUUGAACAACGAAGCACUCGCGUGUCAGAAUCGAGUGUUUGCGUCGAUGAAGUCGAAAAUUGAAGAGUUGACCAAGAGAGCCGAUCACUCGGAUAUUGAGAAGACUUUCUGGAAGGAUUGUUGGAGCGAUGAAAAGAGGAAAGCUGAGGAUCUUCAAGCGAAACUCGAUGCGAUUGUAAAAAAGGAGGAACUCAAUAAGAGAAUCGGUAUUUACGCCAAUACUACACCAUCUGCUCCAAAUACUUCUACUAUCCCGCGCCUCGAGGAAAGAAGUCAACCAGUGAAAUACUUCGCAUCGGCUAUUGGAAGAUGGUUGGUUUGGACAGGAAAGGAUGAGAAGAUUGAGGGGAUUGACCUUAACGACUAUUUGUUCCACCCGGAUAAGGAGAAGACAGUCCCACAGGUGGUUCGUAAGGCGCCGAACCUCCGACAGAUGUUUGGUAUCUACUACAACACCGCGCACCAGGGCAGUGACGUUUCUGCUGAAACCGCCUACAAAAACCUCUCCAAAGACGACAUGGACGAGUGGUACCGUAAGGCGAACAUCCUGAAGAUCUGGCAGGAUGAUCAAAUCAAGCAAGGAAUGGUCAAGAUUGUGGAACUCGAGAAGAAGCGCAAGGCCGUUAAGAAAGAAGACGGCAACAACGAGCCAAAAGAAAAGAAGAUGAAAAAGAAGAUAAAGAAGGAGAUCAAGUAG